AUGUCUGCUGCAAAAUCCGCAAUGGUAAGACUAGUAGUGGACGCCGGAAAAGCAGCUCCUGCACCACCAGUAGGUCCAGCAUUAGGUUCCAAAGGAGUAAAAGCUAUUGAUUUUUGUAAAGAAUUCAAUGCAAGAACAGCUCAUUAUGAACCAGGUACUCCCGUACCAUGUCUUAUUACUGUUAAACCAGAUAGAUCUUUUAAAUUUGAAAUUAAAUCUCCACCAACAUCUUGGUUGUUAAUGAAAGCUGCACAAGUUGAAAAGGGAAGUGGUAAAACUUUAAAAGAAAGUGUUGGUACAAUUAGUUUAAAACAUGUUUGGGAAAUUGCAAAAAUUAAAAAAACUGAUGAUAGACAUAAAGAUUUAGAUUUAAAAGCUAUUAUUGGAAGUAUUAUAAGUACUGCUAAUGUUGUUGGAAUAAAAGUUGUACCUUAA